CCUGAGUGCCACUGGGUGACCAACCCACCCUGGACUGUGACUCUGGGUGACUGACCCACCCCUCCUGGGGACACGGGGUGACCGAACCCACCCUACCCGGGUACAGGGGGUGACCGAACUCGCCCCGUCCCCCACCCCGGGUGUCCUCCCGGCGGCCCCGUGCCCUGGUGCAGCCAUGGGUGCGCUCGGGGGUGCCCCAUCCCCGCCGUCCCCGCCGUCCCUGCUGCUGGCCCUGUUGCUGCUGUGCCCGGGGGGCUCUGCGGGCGGGUCCUGCCCCGCUCACUGCAUCUGCGCCUCCAACCUGCUGAGCUGCUCGCAGGCCAACCUGAGCCUGGUGCCGUCGCCGCUGCCGCGCUUCGCCUCCGUGCUGGACCUGAGCCACAACAACGUGUCGCGGCUGCGCGGGGACUGGAGCCCGGUGCGGCUCCCGCACCUGCACACGCUGCUGCUGAGCCACAACGGGCUGACCUUCGUGUCCACCGAGGCCUUCGCGGCCGUGCCCCGCCUGCGCCACCUCGACCUGUCCAACAACCGCCUGCGCGCGCUGGACGAGAACCUGUUCAGCGACCUGGGCGAGCUGGAGGUGCUGCUGCUCUACAACAACGAGAUCUCCAGCGUGGACCGCACGGCCUUCGAGAACCUGGGCCGGCUGCGCAAGCUCUACCUGGGCCGCAACCGCAUCGCCCGCUUCCCGCUGGAGCUGCUGCGCGAGGGCUCGCGGCUGCCGCGCCUGGCGCUGCUCGACCUGUCGUCCAACCGGCUGCACAACGUGCCCGCCGGGGAGCUGCAGGCGCUGCCCGCCUGGCUGCGCGACCGCCUCUACCUGCACGACAACCCGCUGGGCUGCAACUGCGCCCUGUUCCAGCUGCUCGCCCGCGGCCGCCGCCGCCGCCUCAGCGCCGUGCUGGACUUCCAGGAGGAGCUGACGUGCCGCCUGCCCGGCUCCCCGCCCGCCUCCGUGGCCAUCCUGGAGCUGGCGGGGCGGCAGGACCUCAACUGCAGCGAGGCGCGCGAGGCCGUGCUGGAGGCUCACCUGGGCGACAGCGUCACCCUGGGCUGCGACAGCCGCUGGCAGGAGGGCAGCCGCCACUGGGUGACGCCGGCGGGGGACAGGGUGAUGCCGGGGGACGGCGGCGGCAAUGGCACGGUGGCCCUGCUGGCCAACGGCAGCCUGGAGCUGCGGGCGCUGCGGGCCGAGGACGCGGGCACCUACGCGUGCUGGGUGGCGGGGCCGCUGCUCAACGAGACCCUCUACGUGGAGCUGCUGGUGCACAACUUCACCCUGCACGGCCCCCACGACACCCUGAACACGGCCUACACCACGCUGGUGGGCUGCAUCCUGAGCGUGGUGCUGGUGCUCAUCUACCUGUACCUGACCCCGUGCCGCUGCUGCUGCUGCCGCGCCGCCGAGAAGGCGCCGGCGCCGCGCGACGACAGCAUCAACUCCUCGGUGCUCAGCACCACCCCAAACCACGACGGGGGGCACGGGGGGGGGCACGGCGAGCCCCGGCCCGCCCCGGGGGGGGGCUCCGGGCAGAACGGCAGGUUCAAGGGAGGGGCGGGGACCCCCCCGCCGGCCGCCCCCCGGGGCCCCAAGGGGCAGAGGAAGGUGUCCGACCCCGACUCGGUGAGUUCCGUGUUCUCCGACACCCCCAUCGUGGUGUGAGCGGCGCCGGGGACGGGCCCCGGGACGUCCCGUGAGCUGUCCCCGGGAAGGAGGGGUGGCCGGACCCCCGCUGCCGCGUCCCCAGGUUGGGGGUCACCCCGUUGCCCCCCAGGACUGAGCGUUGUCGCCGUCCCCCCUCUGCCGAGGUCACUGUCACUGCGGGACCACGAGGGACGAGCGUGUGAGGGGACGCGGUGGGGACGGUCCCCAGGCAGGAGGGGUGGCCGGAUCCCCACCACCGUGUCCCCAGCUUGGGGGUCACCCCGUUGCCCCCCAGGACCUGCCGAGGGCACUGCAAGGGACAAGGGUGUGCAAGGACACUGGCAGGACACGGUGGGGACAGUCCCAGGGACACCCCAUGUCCCCGCUGCUGCCGUGACAGUCCCCAGGCAGGAGGGGUGGCCGGACCCCCAGCACUGUGUCCCCAGCUUGGGGGGUCAUGGCAUUGCCCCCCAGGACUGAGAUCACCCCAGGAGCCCCCCGAGGUCACCGUGGGACUGUGAGGGAUGAGGGUGUGAGGGGACACGGUGGGGACAGUCCCAGACACCCCUGAUGUCCCCACCGCUGCUGGGACCUGUCCUGGCAGAGGGGUGGCCGGACCCCCAGCACCGUGUCCCCAGCUUGGGGGUCACCUCAUCCCCCCCAGGACUGAGCAUCACCCCCCAGGACCGCCCAGGUCACCGUGGGACCGUGAGGGACAAGGGUGUGAGGGGACACCAGAAGGACCCCCCAGGGACACCCUGUGUCCCCCCCACUGCUGUGACAGUCCCCAGAAUGGAGGCGUGGCCAGAUCCCCCCCCACUAUGUCCCCAGCUUGGGGGUCACCCCAUCACCUCCCAGGACCCCCCCAGGUCACUGUGGGGACAACGUGGGCACCGCAGAGCAGGGGGGGCCCCACUGGUGACAGUGACAGCGCUGUGACCCCCCCAGGAUCCUCCCAGA